AUGGUUCAUCAUCUGAUUGUUAAUAUUACGUUCAACAGUCCGGAAAUUCGUAUUCUUGGACCUAUUAAGGAACAAACAAUCGAUAAACUGAAUGAAGUACUUCCAAAUGCAACGACAUCAUCCCGCAGUACACGGUUUGCACCUCCAAAGUUUCAAUAUCUGUCCAACCCUAAUCACUGGUAUAUUAAGCUCGAUCGUCAAUUUUGCGAUGAUGAGGGGAUAUCCCACCUGAUGGUGCUUUUGCUGGACGCACUUGAGGAGGAGGGUGUUUGGAAAUUGGUUUCGGCUACUUCUUUGCGGCAACCUAUUGGGACUGGAUCGAAAGAUUAUACUGAAUCUCAUGUUUUAUUUUUGAACAAACUCGUCGGUGAUGAUAUUUAG